AUGAAGCUUUCUCGGCUUGCCAGUGAGCCACAGUACGUAGUGUACCUAUCUAGGAGUGCUAGGUACUUCACAAAUCCACAGCAGAUUAGAUGGACAGCCAAAGCCAAGAACUACCUAGGCCGCCACGCCGCCAAGGCACGGCGUGUCAAAUGGCCAUUUCAAUCGUCUGUCAGCCGAGACCUCCUUUUUUCCUUGUCAACUCAUGCAUGCUUCUGCUUCCGAGCUCAUCAGGGUGACUUCUUCAAUCUGUGGCUUUUCAGUGAAACCUAUUAG